GACGAAGAAGAAGCAGCAGAAGAAGAAGCAGAAAAAGAAGAAGAAGAAGAAGCACAGAAAGCAUAAGAACAAGAAGAAAAAAGAACAAGACAAAAAAAAAAAGAAAAUUAUAAAAAAGGUUUUUUUUUAUCAAACGUUACUCAACAAAAGUACGCCGUGAGCGGCAAGUGAAAGAGCAUAACUAUGACGAGACUUUAACUUUAGUUUUGUCACUUCCCAAUUUGUUGACGUCCCUACAUUAUGUUUCCAUUCGUGGACGACAGUUUUAGCCGCUUUCCCUCACAGAGUAACAUUUAUGGACUUUGUCAAGCCGGAGAGCAGGAAUUGCUGGCGGCCACGCUCAAAGGGAAGGUGGUCAGUUUCACCUACCAGGAACUGCAGCAGAAAAUAAGACCAGUGGCCAAAGAGGUUCAGUUCACCUACAUACCAGUUGAUGCAGAGAUUGUGUCAAUUGAUGCAUUCAAUAAGUCUUUCCCCAAGAGAGGCCUUGUGGUGGGAAUCACAUUCAUAAAGGACUCUGGUGACAAAGCCACCCCGUUCCUGAAUAUCUACUGUGACUAUGAGCCUGGCUCGGAGUUCAACCUCGAGUCUAUUGCACAGAGUUGCCUGAAUCUGGAGUUGCAGUUCACGCCCUUUCAUUUGUACCACACAGAAGUCCAGCGUGAUGAUGGAGGCACAGAGACUGUGUUUCUUCUUAGUGGUCACGACCAGAGGAUCCACCUGUACAAGGAGAAUGCCUCACUCCACCAGUUUGAAGAACAGCCAGUGGAGAAACUGUUCCCAGAGCUCCAGGAAUUGCCCAGCAAUUGUCUUCUCCCUCCCUGCAGUGUUUUAUGGAUGGAUAUGAUAUGUAUACCUGGUGGCAGAAGGCUGUCUGCAUUUGGCUGUCAGAACGGUUGUGUUGGACUGGCUGUGGUCAAACAAUUAGGACCAGAGGUUUUGCAGAAUUGGCGUGUUCAGUUUGACAGUCCAAUCUCCACUGUGCUGCUAUUUCCUCUCAUCUGCCAAACACAGCCUGAUCUGCCCAACAAAGAAAACGGUUUUGGAGUUGAAGGCUACAAUCUUCUAGUAACGAGCACAAUAGAGAUGGCAGUUGUCUACAGAAAUGUCCAUGACAGAGGCUUGUCCCACUCGCUAUUCCUUGCUGAGAGUGACCAGUGGGAUGCGGUGCUUUGUGCUCUGGUUAUUGAUCUGGACUUUGAUGGGCAGAAGGAGGUGUUGCUGGGAACCUAUGGACAGGAACUUCUCUGUUAUAAAUUCCUGCAUGUGGCAGGAGAAGAAGGACAUUUUGAGUUGUUGUGGCGACGGAGCUUCAAGAGUCCUUUGCUGUCAACCAUCUACCUAGACCUGACAGGUGACGGUUUGAGAGAGCUGGCAGUCCUCACGCUUAGGGGACUGUAUAUUUUACAGCAUAGUCUCACUAGCACAGCUGAUCUGGUCCUGGAGCGUCUUGCCAGGAGGGUGGCAGCUCUGGCUGUUGAAUCCAAGCCACAGUCAACUGAAGUUCCACAUACCCAUGAAAAGGAUACGGCUCAGGAAGACAUCAUACUUCAUACAUCUUCAAAUUAACAAACAGUAUUUUGGUGCAUCUUUGACUCCCUUGUGACUAACAUUGGGUACAUAGACAUACUUGUAGUCACAUUACAGAAUAAUCUGGUUUGGGCUCGAUCUUUCGCAGGUUUUGAAUUGCAUCGAGCAAUGGCCUAACUUUGGCAUAACGAUCCUCAGCACUGACAUGCAUAUUGUCAGUGAAGUUAGCAUAACGUCGAAGUUUUUCGAAGCAUUAUACUCCCAUUCGAUCUGCAGUGGUGUUGAUCUUGCAGUGUUGAUCCCAGUAAUCUCGGUAGGGCCGGGAGUUUCACCACACCCACACUUAGCAGGAUCGAAAUGAAGACCUUUAUCCCUUUAGCGUCUGUCUUUGAGUUGCCUGUAACCUGUACCGAAUACAGAUUUGUCUUCUCAGCAAUCAGUAAUGAUAUCAUCACUGAAGAGCUGGCUAAAGUAGCCAAACGGGAAAGCCGAUCUCAUUUGGCACUGUACACAUAUGGACAGGUCAUAAAGUGAUAAAGCCAAAACAAGUCUUUGCAUUUGUAGUUUAUAGUUCUGGUCUUUCUCCAGGAUUUUCAGGAAGGUGAAUGCUCUCCCACUUUAGGCUGGCCUUCUGCUUUCCCUUUGCUUCCUUGGUUGUUUUCUUGGUUGCAGCAAUUUUUGAUGUAGCUGUCGCUGCAAGUUAAAAAAAAGGAAUGAAAUUUCA